AUUUCGUCCCAUCAUGAUUUCCAAAUUAGUGACUGCUUUUCCGACGAUUAGUGUAGAAAUUUUGGAGUGUGACAAGAGUUCGAGUUCGAAUUGCUGCAAUCGUGAUCUUAUCUGUCCUUGCGAUGACGGAUGAAGAUACUUGGGUCCUAAACCAGACGGACAAGGAGUUCUGUAUCAAAAUACUAUAUUGUUCUGGAUACAGCUGUCUUGUUCAACGAGGAACUAAACGUCGGAGAUAGAGUGUUCUUUUUCUACACCAGAAAUUUGCGGCUGGAGGGUACCGUCCGCUUCAUUUCCACUGAUUGUGACAAGUGCCCGGCACAAGCAAAGAGGUUAAGAAAAGAACAGAAGAAAAAAGGAGGUAUCAUUCCAUGCAGAUCGACCAAGGAAAGAGAAACAGCGUGUGAAAAAUAUGUGGCUAAAGUCAGAAGACAAGAAGUCUUCCCAGCUUCCCAGUAGCAAGGCGGGAAUGCUAAGUGCCGCUGCCAAAGCACGCGAUAGGGAAAUUGGGAAGGACUUACUUAGUGACGAUGACAGUCCAUCAAGAAGCCACAAGGAGGAAGGGGAAAUCAAUGAUGAUAGUGAGAUGGACACGACUUUGGUCAUGAGUGAGGAAGACGAGGAGGAUGACCAGCUUAGUGAAACACCAAUUCUUUUGCAGAAAAAGCAUUCAUCUGUUUCAUUCAGUGGCGCUCUUCCUCACAGUUCUACCCCUAAGUCAAAAUCGAACUCCUCAAUUCUGAAGUCAUCAAAUUCAUCAGCUUCUGGUUGUAAUUCAUUAAGAAUUCCAGUAAGAACUUCGUCCCACAUUACAGAGCCAGUGGAAUCCCCUUCCAAAUCAAAGAAGAAAAAUCCUGACAAGGUGAAGGAAAAGGAGAAUGAGCUCCCCAAGAGAAUUUUGGUGCCUGUGCAGAACAUUAGGCGCACCAACGGCUUCAACAUCGAGAAGAUGUUUGUGCACAGUUGUGAAAGUGAUUUGCUGUUGCUAGGAGUUUAA